AUAAGAUCUUUAUGAUGAUGAUGGCAAGUAGAAUUAUUAUGGAUCAUAAUUAAAUUAUAUUAAAUGAUGAUUAUCACUUAUUAUGGUUAGAAACACUUUGACUUACAAUCGUUUAUCACCAUUAAAAUAUUUGUUAUGAAUUACAGAAAACGGAAUUGCCAAAAUGAAAAACCCUUUUUAUAUACGAAUAGACAUUGUUCGUUCGCAUCAUUUAUGAUUUGUGAAUGUAUGAUUCAACACAAACAGCGAUAAUAAUAAUAAUAAAUAAAUCGGAAAAAUGAUUGCUCGAAAAUGGAUUAUAUCAUUAUUGGGAAUAUAUUCUUGUGCAUUAAUGUUUGCUCAACGUGCCGGUUUCAGUGUGGCUAUGGUUCGUAUGACCAGUAAAUUAUCAUUUGAUAAUCUAACUGAAUCCGGUAAUAGACCACCACAUUUUGAUUGGAAUGAAACAUUACAGGGUGUUAUAUUAGGUUCUUCAUUCUAUCUUUAUUGGAUCAUUCCCACUAUUGUUGGUAGUUUUACGGAAAAAUAUGGUGGCAAAUGGUUUGCGUUUGUUGGGGUAUUCAUUCCAUGCAUAAUGACAGUGAUGACACCAUGGGCAGCGGCAAUUAAUGUUGGAACAUUGAUUACCAUACAGAUUAUUGUCGGUUUUACACAGGCAUUUACAUAUCCGGCAUUAUUUCAUCUUUAUGUACAAUGGUUUCCACCGGAACAACGAUCAAAAGCAAAUUCCGGUAUACAGAUUGGUGUAUCACUUGGUAGUAGCAUAAUAUAUUUGAUUGGCGGUUAUCUUUGUGAAACAACAAUCGGUUGGCCUUUAGUAUUCUAUGUUAGUGCUGCAAUGCAUGUACCAUGGUUAUUUCUUUGGCUUUAUUUUGGCGCUGAUCGACCAAAUGAACAAUCAAAAUUAUUGGAUGAUAAUGAACAAUUUGAAAAAAGAAAAGAUGGAGAAAAACCAAAAUUAAAUAAAAAAAUUCAAACACCAUGGCUACAGAUAGCAACAUCACCGGCCGUUUGGACAUCCGUUGCAACAAAAUCGGCUGGUUCAUAUGGAUUUUUUAUGUUUCUUAGUAAAUUACCAACAUUUUUAAAUUCCGUUUAUCAUAUUGAAAUCAUCUAUAAUGGAUUUAUAAAUGCAGCUGCUUCAUUAGCCUAUGGUAUUACUUGUUUUCUUGCACCAUAUAUUUGCAAUUAUAUGAUUGAAAAACGAUGGUUCAAUAGAUCAUUGGUCAUAAGAAAAUUAUCACAAACAAUAGCCAUGAUUACACCAGCAAUAUGUUUGCUAUUAAUUACCAUAUUUAAAGAUGAGAAUGAUCGAAAUAUUGUCAUUGUAUUAUUGAUCAUAGCAAUGUUUGGUUAUGGUUUUAUUACCGGUGGUGAAUGGACAAUGGUAUCGGAUUUUGCACCAAAUUUUGUCGGCACUGUAAGCGGUGUAACACUUAUGCUUGGUUUUAUCAAUGGUAUACUUGCUCCAUAUAUUGUCGGUAUUGUAUUGGAUUCAAACAUGGCACCAACAUUAUUACAACGAUGGCAUAUUGCAUUCUGUAUAUCGGCUAUAUAUUACAUUAUUGCAUUGAUAAUAUUCCUUAUAUUCGGUACGGAUGAACAACAAUAUUGGGAUGUUAUCUAAAAAAAGAAAAAAAAUUGAAUGAUAAAAAUUUAAAUUUAAGCAAAAAAAAAAUCGAAAAUCAUUAAAUAAAAAAGAAAAAAACGGGUAAUCCUUUCUCUCUAUAGUAUAUCACUCUCCUUCUUUAGAUAAUCAAUAUGAUGAUGAAAAGAAAAUCAAAAAAACUGGUUUCUCUUUAACAUUUCGAUGAUGAUGAUGAUGAUUUGUCGAGGUCAUCCGUAUGUAUGAUCGAACGGGAGAAAUCGGGCAAAGGACAAGGAAUUAUAUAGAAAAACAGAUUUUCAAAAACAGGAUUGUUGUUGUUUUCAGUUGUUAUUGUUCAUUGUAAUAGAUACACACAGGUAACAUUUAAAUUUUUUU